AUGCCUCCUAAAGUUGACCCAAAUGAAGUUAGAUUGAUUAACAUUAAAGUCUUUGGAGGAGAAGGUGGAGCUGCUUCAAUACUAGCACCUAAAUUAGGUCCUCUAGGUCUUAUAAUUAUUAUUGAAUUAAAAUAUAAAUACAGAAUCCUAAAUAAGUUGGUGAUAAAAUUAUUCUUGAAAGGGGAAAAUGGAAAGGCAUCAGAGUUAUGGUUAACUUAAGAUGUUAAAACAGAAAUGCAGAUGUUACAGUCAUACCAACUUCUAGUGCAUUAUUAAUCAAAGAAAUUGGAGUAUAAAUAUUUAUAAAUUAAUUUAUUUAGGGAUAUGAAAGGGAUAGAAAAAAAACAAAGAAUGUUAAACAUAAUGGAAAUCUAACAUUAGAAUAGAUUGUUAAAGUAGCUAGAGCUGUUGAAGAAAAGUCUCUUGCAAAAACAUUUACAGGAACAGUUAAAUAAGUUUUAGGUACUGCAUAAUCUCUUGGUGCCACUGUUGAUGGAUAAACUGUUAAGACUAUUAUAGGAAAAAUCAAUUCUGGUGAACUUAAAGUUGAAAAAUGAUGAUCAAAAUUUAUUAUUAAAUUUUAUACAAAAAAUAAUUAAAUAAUCAAUUACAAUAUUUUAUUAAGUUUUUUACUAAUCUUUUUCUAUUAGUUUUUUGAUUAUAAUUUUAAUUCUGAUUCUUGUUUAAUAUUCUUUAAGAUUUUUGCAUAAAUCUGGAGAAUUUGUAUAAAAAUUUCUUUUCUAAAUUAAUUAUUAAGAAUUAUGA